CCCCGAGAAAGUGCGUCUUCAUCCACCAUCACACCUGAGGGGUCACGGAGAGCCAGGCGGUCCCCGGAGCCAGCCCCGCUCCUUGCCCGGCCAUGGCGGCCGAGCCGCUGCCCUUCCCCUCGCCGCUGGGGCCGCUGGCCGGCUGGGAGCUGGAGGCCUGGUACGAGGAUCUGCAGGAGCUGCUGUCCAGCGACGAGGCCGGGACCCGACCCGCCCCUCCCUCCGGAGCUGAGCAGGUUGAGCGGCAGCCCCUCACCACCGUGGACGUGUCCCCCCUGGCCUGGGCGGCGGCAGCAGCAGCGGAGCCCGGUCCCAGCAGUAGCACCAACACUGACCCCGGGCCCUCCACCGCCCGGCAGGACGCCCAGAGCACCCGCGCGGGUCGCGACGACCCUUCCCCACCGCCGGCGGCUGCUGGAGAGGAGGGGAGCCCUGGGUGGCGGUGGCGGCAACGACAGCAGCAGGAGGAGGAGGAGGAGAAGCAGCAGGAGCCGGAGGGGCAGGGCUCCAGGCGGCGGCGGCGGCGCUGGCCACGGCGGCAGCGGGAGGCGCAGGGCGGCCCCGGCACGGUGGCGUGGCUGCUGGAGGAGAACGCGCGGCUGAAGCGGGAGAUCGAGUGGCUGAGCGCUGAGGUGGAGCGCGCUCGCAGGGCCCUGAUCGCACGCGUGGUCAGCCUGCCUCCCUGACGGACAUUUGACAGACCCCCCUGACCGACGACGGACGGACAGACUGACAGAGCGGGCCACGUGCAUGGAAACUUUUAUUAGUAAAGUGAUGGACCCUGAGUCCCGACCCAGCUUCCCUCACUUGGCCCGGGGCCCCUGGUGCGGUUCCUCCCCCUGCGCCAAGGCCAGCAGCUUCUUCAGCUCCAGCAGCUUGGACACCGCAGCUGCCACCUGGGCCUUCUCUGCCUUCUGGGCCUUAAGCUCCCGCACGAGGUUUCCCUAGACGGGGAGAGACCCGUGGAGAGUGGGGGCUAGAGCUGAAGCCGAGGGGGGAACCCCUUCCUCCUCCCGGCCCCCGACGGGUAACACUGGUUGGUACCUGCUUGCUCACUUCCUCAGCCAGUACCUGGGCCUGCUGCUCGUCAGGUACCUGCAGGUCUGUGGCUGGAGCUCCAGGGUCUGGCGCUUUACCCUAGACAGAGAAAGGUCACUGCGGACACCGGGGCUGGAGAGAGGAGCAGGGGACAAAGCCCUUUUCCUCAGUGUGAGGUGAGGAGGGGGGCAGUGGCCCCACAGGUUGCUAAGCAGCCAGAAGCAAAAGUCCAAUCCAUAGGGGUUUGAAGGUGACAAGCAUGAACUCUCCCUCCCCACCCCGCCCACCUGCUGUGGCCAAGGCUAAACAGGGGCCCGGGCACUCACCUGUCCUCCACUAAAGCGCUGCCUCAGAUUUUCAA